UGCGGGGUUGUGACAUUCAAAAAACCGGUUUGGCCACUAUGUCAAAUUGGCUUCAAUGCCCGGCGCACUUCCUGAGGGCUCGAGUAAAACCAAAGAAGAGGAGAAGAAGAAAAAGAACCAAUCAUGUUACGGGAACUGGGUCACAACAAACACGGACCGUGUUUUUGACGGACAACAACAAAACGGGCCAGUUGAGUGUUAGCUGUGUAGCGAAUACCUGUCACAACUUAGUAAAAUAGCGAAAUUAAAUACGGUGCUAAUUGGACCCGUGUGGUUGAAGGGUGUCAGUAGACGGAUAAAUGUCUGAUGCAUCAGAACUCCCUAAAAGAGAAGAAGAGGACGAGGUUACUCCUGAACCGGAGGAACAAUCCGACGACAGCAGUGAGGACGAGGCUGCGGGAGAGAUGGACUUCCUGCGCAACCUCUUUUCCAGCACCCUGGGCCUCGGCUCAGCAGAAAAAGUUCUGGAUGAACUAACUCUGGAUGGAGUGGCACAAUACAUCAAGAGUGGCAAAUGUAAAAACAUCCUCUGCAUGGUUGGAGCAGGUAUAUCCACAUCGGCUGGGAUCCCUGACUUCCGCUCACCUGGAACUGGCCUGUAUGCAAACCUGCAGAAAUAUAACCUGCCCUACCCAGAGGCCAUCUUCCAGAUAGAUUACUUCAAGAAACAUCCAGAGCCGUUCUUUGCCUUGGCCAAGGAGCUUUACCCAGGACAGUUUAAGCCGACAAUCUGUCACUACUUCAUGAAGCUGUUGAAGGACAAGGGGCUCCUGAGACGCUGCUACACACAGAAUAUUGACACCUUGGAGCGUGUGGCCGGGCUUGAAGGAGAGGAUCUAAUUGAAGCUCACGGAACAUUUUACACAUCCCACUGUGUCAGCUUCUGUUGCCGCAAGGAGUACAACCUGGACUGGAUGAAAGAAAAAAUCUUUUCUGAUGACAUUCCCAGAUGUGACAAAUGCAACAGUCUUGUCAAGCCAGAUAUCGUCUUCUUUGGAGAGAAUCUACCCGUCCGGUUCUUCACUUCAAUGAAAAUGGACUUUCCUCGUUGUGAUCUUCUCAUCAUCAUGGGGACGUCUCUGCAAGUGCAACCGUUUGCAAGUCUGGUCAGCAGGGUUUCAAAAAGUUGCCCCAGGCUGCUCAUCAACAUGGAGAAGGCCGGGCAGGCUGACCCUAUGCUCGGGUUGCUUGGUUUUGGAGGAGGGAUGGACUUCGACUCAGACAAGGCUUACAGAGAUGUAGCUCACAUCAGUGCAUGUGAUGAUGGUUGUUUUGCUCUUGCUGACCUGCUGGGAUGGAAGGCGGAGCUGGAAAACCUGGUGAAGCAGGAGCAUGCCAGGAUUGACAGUCAGGACAAGGAGGAAAAGGCCGGCGACAGCAAAGGAGCUGCAGCCAAGGCGAGCUCCUCAUCGGUGGCACCAGAGCCCAAAAAGGAAGAGUAACUAAUUUAGAAAGCUCCCCUUUUUAUUAAAAGCCACUAUUGUGAUGUCACAGCUUGGAGACGGCCCUGAAAGGGAGAAUAUGAUACCAGAGUUUGUGUUUGCAGCUGAAGCUUCGGGUGCUGGGUGUCUGCGAAACAGAGAAAGACGCUCAUUAUUCAUCAGCGGACAUUUAAUUCUUCUGAAUAAGCACAUGACAUCUGACAUCCCAUGAUUUUGUUUAUAUCAGUUAUUUGCACUUUACAGACUUUAAUAUACUUAGAUGUUUCUUUUCACAAGCACACAUCAAUCUUUGUCUGAGGCAGUUAACUCUGUGCAUGGGCAAACUUUGCUGCAGUAGACUGUGGCAUUUUUUAAGUAUAUCUACAUUUCAGCCUUAGAGAAAAAAUGUCAUCAACAAAAGUUUGCAGAUCUCGCUGAGCGGAGGUGGUGGUUAUAAUGUCUAAAACCUCAGCAGCGUGAUCAUGAAUCUGCUGCGUUGUGGGCAAGCUGGCAUAUUACCUCCAGACCAGUUGAGUACAGAUUAACUCAUGAACAAGCUUCUUUAAAAGAUAACCAGGCUGUAUUACAUUUAAAAAUCGAUUUGCCUGAUUGGCCAGUGACCAAAUUACAUUAACAUAUGUACUAAAAAUGAACUUUCUGGUUGGUAAACUAGAGGUAGUUGUAAAUAUAACAGUAAGUUAAUAUGCGAGGGGUUAUGUAGAACUUUUAAAAUGUCUUGAUUUUUAAUUAAUUGCUUUUCAUGUGACCUUCUACUCCUGUUUGAGUUCAUUUGUGUAAUUUCCUUUAAUACAAUGUUCCCAGAUGUUUAUGAAACAAAUGAUGUUUUCUUAAUCUUAUGGAACAACAAAUUGUACAUGAUGCGAAAAAUAACCAGGUGAAAACAUUGGUCAUUAGUUAAUUUUGCCGUUUAAAUCUUUGGAGAUACAUAAAAAGCUAACAAACACGGAAUGCUGAAAUUUGGGGUAACUUAGUAAAAGUCGCUACAGUUUCACUGGAAACUGUGCAGACUUAAUGAGCAUGAAUUGUGGCAUCAUCAAAUAAAAAAUACUGGGGGUGGACACAAUAUUACUAACAUCUGUAUAAUACUAAUGGACACUAAUGCAAAAGUCCUGCA